GGUUACCCUACCUAAAUCAGGAAAUAUUACACAUAAGAUAGCUCAAUUACUCAACAUCUAACAGCUUGAAAAAGUGGAAAUUAAACACUUCUGGACAGAACCGGUGGUGGUGGCAGUUGGGGAAUUUCAACUAACAAAAAGAAACAAAAGAUCAAAGUAGUACAAAAAUACAAGUGCACCAUCCCACCCUCCAAGAUUUCCCUCCUAACAAUACCUGCUCACUAAAGUGUUUUUAGUGCUUACCAAUCGCUACCAUUGUCUUCAUUCUUCUCCUUUAUUACUUCAACCUCAUAUCUUAUCCCACCAUUUCGGAUUUCCAUUGUGGAUUAGCCAUGACCAAGAUCAAGAGGCUUGGCCUGAUUCUAGUGAGGCUUGCUGCGUUUGCUGCUACCCUUUCCGCAACCAUUGUCAUGGCUACCAGCCAUGAGAAGGCCAGCUUCUUAACCAUCUCUUUUGAGGCCAAGUACUCACAAACACCCGCCUUUAAGUACUUCAUGAUUGCAAAUGCCAUUGUCAGUGUUUACGGGUUUCUGGUCAUUUUCCUUCCUGCAAAGAGUUUGCUUUGGCGUCUAGUAAUUGCCAUGGAUUUGGUUUUUGCCAUGUUGCUCAGCUCAAGCAUUUCAGCAGCUUUGGCGAUAGCUUAUGUGGGAAAGAAAGGAAACACUUACGCAGGUUGGCUGCCGAUAUGUGGUCAAGUUCAAAACUAUUGUGACCACGUAAAAGGAGCUCUAGUUGCUGGUUUUAUUGGAGUAAUAAUAUACUUUCUGCUUCUUAUGCAUGCCAUGCACACCAUCUUGGAUCCCCUUCUCCUCAAAAAGACUUAGUUCUUCUUCUUCACACCAAUCUAUGAGUUUAUCAGAAACUCAAACGUGAAACUUGUAUUGAUUUUAAUAGGAUAACUCAUAUAGUAUGAUACAAUGUAUCCCUAAAGCAAUGCGAGAGGUUCUUAAUUACAAUGUAGAAUAAAUGUGCCUUUUCUCCUUCAUUCUGGAGCUUCUAGUGCGUCCUAUGUAAUAUGUACGAAAAACUUCAGUUAUGCAACUUUUCAAAGCAUAUGCUUUGUUUUUGGGUCAACACCAGAAGUUUUGCAACUCAGCUAUAUAAACUUUCUUCUAUUAA